ACUAAACACUCAAGUCUUCUCCAACACAUGGAACUAGGCAACUUGACAGGAAUUACAGAAUUUCUUCUUUUAGGGCUCUCUGUAGAACCAGAACUGCAACCCCUCAUCUUUUACCUUUUCCUGUCCAUGUACCUAAUCACCGUGCUGGGGAACCUGCUCAUCAUCCUGGCCGUCAGCUCAGACCCCCACCUUCACACGCCCAUGUACUUCUUCCUGUCCAACCUGUCCUUCAUGGACAUCUGCUUCACCUCCACCACCGUCCCCAAGAUGCUGCAGAACAUCCAGACCCAGAACAAAGCCAUCAGCUACGAGGGCUGCCUCACCCAGAUUUAUUUUUUCAUACUGUUUGGAGGAAUGGACACCUUUAUAUUGACAGCAAUGGCCAUUGACCGCUAUGUGGCCAUCUGCCACCCCCUGCAUUACAUGGUCAUCAUGAACCCCCGGCUCUGUGGGCAGCUGCUUCUGUUGUGCUGGACCUUGAGUGUCCUGGAUUCCUUGUUAGAAGUCCUCAUGGUGUUGCCACUGUCCUUCUGUGCACGUGUGGAAAUCCCUCACUUUUUCUGUGAGCUCAAUCAAGUGGUCCACCUAGCUUGCUCUGACACUUUUUUUAGUGACUUGAUGAUGUAUUUGUCAGCUGUGCUCGUGGGGAUUGUUCCCCUCACUGGGAUCCUUUACUCUUACUCUAAGAUCGUCUCCUCCAUCCGCAGAAUCUCCUCAGCUCAGGGGAAGUUCAAGGCCUUUUCUACCUGCGCGUCUCACCUCUCCGUGGUCUGCUUGUUUUAUGGCACGGCCCUAGGCGUGUACCUGAGCUCUGCUGUGACCCAGAACUCACAGCACAGUACCAUCACUUCCGUGACUUACACCGUGGUCACCCCCAUGCUGAACCCCUUCAUCUACAGUCUCAGGAAUAAGGACAUCAAGGGUGCUCUGGCAAAUUUGACUGGCAAGAAAAAAUAA